AUGUACACAGGCAACAUCCAAAGAUUGAUUUACCAAGAAAUUAAAACACCUCGUACCACACUAUGACGACAAUAAGCAGGCAAGCGAAUUCCACCACCGCGGACGGCGGCCCAAGAAGUGCAGUCGCGGACUUGGAAUGGAGUGUGAAACUAAAUGUUCUCGUUUUCGGGCUGACCUGCUACAUCUCGACCCGCCCACGACCCGUUUUCCUCGUGGACUACGCAUGUUACCGCCCGCCCGAACACCUCCGGGCUGACUUCCGCAAGUACAUGAACCAUGCGCGCCUCACCGGUCACUUCGACGACUCAUCUCUCGAGUUCCAGGGCAAGAUCCUCCAGCAUUCAGGCCUCGGAGAUGAAACCUACCUGCCGGAAGCGCUGCAUGAGAUCCCACUCCAGCCAUCGAUGGCGAAGGCGCGUCAGGAAGCGGAGGAGGUGAUUUUCGGCGUGCUGGACAAUCUCUUCAGCGCCACCGCGGUCAAGCCCAAGGACAUUGGAGUUCUGGUGGUGAAUUGUAGCCUCUUCAACCCGACUCCUUCUCUUUCCGCCAUGAUUGUUAACAAGUACAAGCUACGGGGUAAUAUAAAGAGCUUCAAUUUAGGUGGAAUGGGGUGCAGCGCUGGAGUCAUCGCCGUUGAUUUAGCGAAAGACAUGCUCCAGCUCCACAGGCACACAUACGCCAUCGUUGUCAGCACCGAGAACAUUACACAAAACUCCUACUUCGGCAACAAGAAAUCAAUGCUAAUACCCAACUGCCUCUUCCGCUUGGGCGGCGCAGCCCUUCUGCUAUCCAACCGGAGUUCCGACAAGAGAAGAUCCAAGUACAAGAUGAUGCACGUUGUUAGGACCCAUUUAGGAUCCCACGACACUGCAUUUCGGUGCGUGUACCAACAGCAAGACGAAAAGGGAAAAACCGGGGUUUCACUUUCAAAAGACCUGAUGGCGAUCGCAGGGAACGCACUGAAAACGAAUAUCACGAGGCUGGGCCCGCUGGUGCUCCCCAUCAGCGAACAGCUCCUGUUUUUCGUAAUCCUAAUGGCCAGAAAACUCAUAAACCCGAAAAUGAAGCCAUACAUACCAGAUUUCAGACUGGCCUUCGACCAUUUCUGCAUUCACGCCGGAGGACGAGCCGUGAUCGAUGAGCUGGAGAAGAAUCUCAGGCUGGAGCCAAUUCAAGUAGAGGCUUCCCGUAUGACUUUGCACAGAUUUGGAAACACUUCUUCCAGUUCGAUUUGGUACGAGCUGGCGUACAUUGAGGCGAAGGGGAGGAUCAAAAAGGGGCAGCGGGUGUGGCAGAUUGCAUUCGGGAGUGGAUUUAAGUGUAACAGUGCGGUGUGGCAAGCGCUGCGGAACGUGAAGCCGUCGGCAAGUAGUCCGUGGCUGGACUGCGUCGACAGGUAUCCGGUGAAGAUGGUCGACUAAAUAAUAUUCUUUCUUUCUAACGCACUAUGAAUGACCAUUAAUACAUAUUA